AAUAGUGAAUGCGCCCCAUAGUUUCGGAAUAAAUUGCAGGCGUUAUCCAACAGGAUGUGACGCCCGUUUUGCCUUCAAACCUUCAGGAGCGGGUGCACCCAUCGAGGUGUUUUGGUGGAGAAGUAGGAAUAGGCGACGGCAGAAAUUUCUGUACUGCAUCACUUUGUCAGCGAGCCAUUUAAAUGAAACUGUUUGCUCCUUUGAAAGGUCUACCGGAUAACGCAUUGCGGCACAACCAAAAGAUGAGCUUGUUCGAGAUAAGUGAAAAUGUCAAACUCGCACGGGAGUAUGCCUUGCUUGGGAAUUACAGUUCCGCUGCAGUUUGCUAUCAAGGGGUUCUCGAGCAAAUCAGGAAGAAUCUUUAUUCUGGGAAGGACAGCGAAUUGCAGAAUAAAUGGCGACAGGUGUGGCAAGAAAUACACGAAGAAAACAAACACGUGCAAGACAUCAUAACUACUUUAGAGAGCUUUCAGAUGGGCACCGCCCCCACGAAGCCCACCAACUCUAAUGAAGAUAAUGACAUUUGGCCAGUCCAAGUGGAGAGAAGGUCCUCCCCUAUCCCCGUGAGGAGAAGUCCAGCGCUCUACAAGGACAACAAACCGCACAACAAGCGCCAGAGUGCCGGCCCCCGGCCACAGCACCACCUGUCACCUCGCGGCGUCAACGGCGACCGGCCCAAAGCCGCCAGGGCCAAGGAGAAGAAGGACAACGGAAGCAGCAAGGUCAAAGAUGACAAGAGCAAAGCGGACGUCGCCAAUACUGAAGUGAAGAAGUUUGACAGGGGAGGGGAAGAUAAGGAUCUGAUAGAAGCCUUGGAAAGAGACAUUAUAUCUCAAAAUCCCAACGUUAAAUGGGAUGACAUUGCAGACCUAGAGGAGGCCAAGAAACUCUUGAAAGAAGCUGUUGUCCUGCCCAUGUGGAUGCCAGACUUUUUUAAGGGAAUUCGAAGGCCAUGGAAGGGAGUGCUAAUGGUGGGGCCACCGGGGACGGGGAAAACGCUACUGGCCAAAGCCGUCGCCACCGAAUGCAGAACCACUUUCUUCAAUGUGUCCUCGUCCACCCUCACCUCCAAGUACCGAGGGGAAUCUGAGAAGCUGGUGCGACUGCUGUUUGAAAUGGCUCGGUUCUACGCUCCCACCACCAUAUUUAUUGAUGAAAUCGACUCGAUAUGCAGCCGUCGAGGAACCUCCGAGGAGCAUGAAGCCAGUCGCAGGGUCAAGGCCGAACUGCUAGUUCAGAUGGACGGUGUUGGUGGUGCGGGUGCAGUGGAAUACGACCCCUCUAAAAUGGUGAUGGUGCUGGCUGCCACCAACUUCCCGUGGGACAUUGACGAAGCCCUACGCCGCCGCUUAGAGAAGAGGAUCUACAUCCCACUGCCCUCAGCCAAGGGAAGAGUGGACCUGUUGAAGAUUAACCUGAAGGAGUUGGAGAUAGCCAAUGACGUGGACAUGGACAAGAUUGCGGAACACAUGGAGGGAUACUCUGGGGCUGACAUCACCAAUGUGUGCAGGGACGCGUCUCUGAUGGCGAUGAGGCGCCGCAUCGAGGGCCUGACGCCUGAGGAGAUCCGCAACAUCUCCCGAGACGAGAUGCACAUGCCCACCACCAUGGAGGACUUCCUGGCUGCCCUGCGUAAGGUCUCCAAGUCCGUCUCCGCCUCCGACCUGGAGAAGUACGAAAAGUGGAUCGCAGAGUUUGGCUCGUGCUAACAGCUGGACACGGGGCCGCCACCGCACACAGCGGGUGUAAAAUGAUCUCCCGCAAACUCGCGUCCUUUCCUCUGCUCCUCGAACCUUGCCGGCCUGAGUAAAGGCAGUUUUUAUAUUGGACAUUCGUCUUAUGUUUCAAAGAUGGUCUGACAGCUGCAUCGUGUCUGUAAGCUAUUUUGAAUGUUACAGGAAUUUCCAGUUUUAAGCUGACUUUACCCAGGUGGACAACAAGGCAUGAGAAUUUUUAGGACCAUGGAAGGGACGCAAGUUUGAGAAAAUGGUUUCCACUCACUUGCAAAAAACGUGCAACUACUCACCAAUACUUUUGGAUUUAGCUUGAGAGAGCCAAAAAGGUUUCUGCUUUUGACUCCCAUUUAUUUUGUUUUUUCUUUUAAACUUCUCUCUCAAUUUUGGGACCCAUGGAGGGGUGUGACUGAGGCGCACUACAAUACUCAGAAACCCAACUGCACAAGCUAUGCAACCUUUUAAGUUGGUGGACUUGAAACUCUAUUUUAAGUUAUCAUGAAAAGGAAAGAUAAUGGACGUUUUGCCACUUUGUGCCACUUUGUGCCCUUCCCAACAAUGCAUUCUUUUUCCAGCAAGGCCAAUGAAGGACCAAUAUCCAGAUUGCUCAGUUGCUUUUUAGGGAUGUAAUAUAACUAUGGACCAAUAUGUUGGGCAGAUCACAUAGUUUUUAAAAAAGCACUUUUUCAUUAGAUAUGAAGUAAAACCCAGUCGGAUGCGGGACCAGAGAUGCACUGAAUGUCAGCUGAUCAUCUGAACAGCCGUAUGAAAGUUUGACUGGAUAUGCAAGACAUCAUAAAUAGCGUAACGCUGACUAACGUAUUUCUUCUACAGGAAGUUGCCCAUUCCGUUAUCAUUGAUUGUUGAGGGUGGGCAGUGGGCACCAUCGAAGCACGCCACUCUAAAUAUGGUGGUUGUUCCCUUUGCAAAGAUCAACGUUACAAAUUCUCUUGCCAAAGCACCAAGACCGUCAGAGAGUUAAGGUGAAGAUGCACAGGGAAACUUUUGAGCAAUGUGUCUAGGUAAUGACGAAAUGAGACGUAUAUCGCAUAACAUGUUUAUCAGCAGAACUUGUUUGAGCAGCUGAUAACUUUUUUUCAACCAUUCCAUCAAAAAAAAGCCAAACAUGAUGUUGCCUGGCAACAUUGCUCAUAGUUAACCCUUUGUAUCAUCAUUACUACCAUGAGGAUUACAGGCUCCUCAGAAAGGUCAGUCACAAGCCACACUACCUAAUGAUGGGCCUUCACUGUUAUUGUGUGCACUACUUAUUUUUUAAGCACAGUUGAUGUAUGCAAGGUUUCUAGAAGCUCAUAGUUGUUAAAGAUUGGACAAUCAUAAUCUAAAUGAAAUGAAAUAAAGUUUGUUGAUAGAAACGUA